CAAUGAUGAAAAUAAUAAAGACGUCAUCCGCGGGUCGGACGGCGCAAAGUGAAGUGCGCAGCUUCUCCCACUACAACAACAACAAUCGCAGCAUGGCAGCAGGAGAGCGAGCCGUCGGGGCUUCCUUCUCUCACUCGGGUGGCUGCUGAAGCGACGCCGCUCUCGCCUAGUGAGGAAAGACGAAAAGCAGGAAAAUGGAGAGUCCAAGCCCGUCACCUAAAGACUCAUGCAAGAGCUUGUCUGAAUGGAGGAAGAGAGUGAAAUCUGAGUAUAUGCGACUUCGCCAGCUGAAACGCUUCAGGAAGGCAGAGAAGGUGAAAGGCCAGUUCCUUGUGAACCGUAACAAGAUCAAGGAAAGAACGGAACUAUUGAAUGAAGAAUGGACAAGGCUCAGGAUUCAGCCCAUUCCUAUGGCAGCCUCAAUAAAUCAACUUACUGUCAAACAGUGCGUUGUGGAAUAUGGCUUCCCAGGAUACAAGAACCAAUCAGUCAGUAUAAGAACUUUAAGCAGUGUAGCUGGAGUUCCAUUUAUGCAUGCCUGGUCACCCCUGCAGCAAAACUUCAUGGUGGAAGAUGAAAUGUUCUUACACAACAUUCCUUACAUGGGAGAUGAAAUUCUAGAGCAAGAUGAAGCAUUUCUGGAAGAGUUGAUAGACAACUAUGAUGGAGUGCAUGGAGAUCGAGAAGGAGGGUUCAUUAAUGAUGAAAUCUUUGUGGAGUUAGUGGAUGCUCUUAGCCAAAAUGGAGAUGAUGAAGGAGAAAAAGAUGGGGAACAACUAGAGAAUAAAGCUCAAAAAGAAGAGGAGGAGGAGGACAGUGCAACUGAACAUGAGAUGAGGGUUGUCAAGCAGAAGAAAGUGACUGCCACUGGAGCAGAUGGUCAUUUUAAUAAAAAGGUACCUAAUGAUAACAUAUUUAAGGCCAUUGCAUCAAUGUUUCCAGGCAAGGGGACAGCUGAGGAGCUCAAAGAAAAGUACAGACAUCUAACAGAGCCUCUAAUCCCUGUUGAGCUGCCUCCACAGUGCACUCCCAACAUAGAUGGGCCAUUUGCCAAGUCAGUGCAGCGUGAGCAGGCGCUCCACUCCUUCCACACGCUCUUCUGUCGACGAUGCUUCAAAUAUGACUGUUUUCUACACCCCUUCCAUGCUACACCUAAUGUAUAUAAAAGGAAGAGUAAAGAGAUUCACAUAGAAACCGAGCCUUGUGGUGAAGACUGCUUUCUGCUGCUGAAAGGAGCAAAGGAAUUUUCAGAGCAGAAGCUGACCAAAAGGCACUGCACCCGACGCCGGUGUAAGCGACAGAGAAUUCCUAGUUCCAGCUUUUCCAGUUCGUCCAUUUCAGGAGAAGGAAAAGAAGGAGACAGUGACAGAGAGAUGACCAGCUCUUCAGAGGUGAAUUCACGUUGUCAGACACCAAUUAGGUUAAAGCAUAGCACUGAGCAGCCAGAGGGAGCAGAGUUCAUCCAGUGGAAUGGUGCUGAGGAAUCCCUCUUCAGAGUUUUACAUGGGACAUACUUCAACAAUUUUUGCUCCAUUGCUCGACUCAUAGGCACCAAGACCUGCAAACAGGUAUAUGAUUUUGCUGUGAAAGAGCUCUUGAUACUCUGGGCUCCUAAACAGGAUGAAGGAAGUUCUCCUCAGAAGAAAAAGAGGAAGCACAGAUUAUGGGCUGCACACUGUCGGAAGAUUCAGCUUAAGAAAGACAAUUCAUCAAAUCAAGUCUACAAUUACCAGCCAUGCGACCACCCGGGACACUUGUGUGACAGCUCCUGCCCCUGUGUGAUGACACAGAACUUCUGUGAGAAGUUUUGCCAGUGCAGCCCUGAAUGUCAAAAUCGUUUCCCUGGUUGCCGUUGCAAGACGCAGUGCAACACCAAGCAAUGUCCAUGCUACCUAGCUGUGCGAGAGUGUGACCCUGACCUGUGUCAAACCUGUGGUGCAGCUGAACAUUGGGACAGCAAGAAUGUCUCCUGCAAGAAUUGCAGCAUCCAGCGAGGCUUGAAAAAGCACCUCUUAUUGGCUCCCUCAGAUGUUGCAGGAUGGGGCACUUUUAUAAAGGAACCAGUGCAGAAAAAUGAGUUCAUCUCUGAGUACUGUGGAGAGCUCAUCUCCCAAGAAGAGGCUGACAGACGAGGGAGGAUAUACGACAAGUAUCUGUCCAGCUUUCUGUUUAAUCUAAACAAUGAUUUUGUGGUUGAUGCCACACGUAAAGGAAACAAAAUCCGUUUUGCAAACCAUUCUGUUAAUCCAAACUGCUAUGCUAAAGUUGUGAUGGUGAAUGGAGACCAUCGUAUUGGAAUAUUUGCCAAAAGAGCAAUACGGAAAGGUGAAGAGCUUUUCUUUGACUACAGGUACAGCCAGGCUGAUGCUCUGAAAUAUGUGGGGAUUGAGAGAGAGAUAGAGGUCAUGUGAUCACACACGUACAGAUGAAGCCGCCCUCGCUCCGCCAUGUCAUGCCAUGUCAAUAGCUGCAUUUUUCCUUUUCUUCACUCUUGUUAUUUUAAAUGCAGCAGUUGGGGGUUUUCUUGGAAUUAAGGAUUCAAACUGAAAUUUCAGCUGUUUAUUCCAUAAUAUUUUUUUUUUGUACAAACUAAGCAUUUGUUUGUUAAGCCCUUAUACAUUGCAUGCCCUGCAUAAGCAGAUGUUAGGGGAAGAGCAGUUGCUUCACAUCCCGCUUUAGUGACUUUGUAAAUGCACCUCUCUUACAAAACAAUGCAUCAAGCCUGGUUUAAAGUCACAUGAAUGAAAACUUUGGGCAAAAUAUUACUGAAAACUUUCCUGUGUACAAAUAGAAUUCAGCUCAUUUAUUUUGUCAAGGCCAAAGAUUUAUGUGCAGUCAUGCAUGUGACAUUCAUGACAAGAAUCCUCAUUCUGGUGGGCAUUCUUUGCAGCAGGAGGAAAAAUUUGCCAAUAGGACUGUUUUUUUUUGUUUUGUUUUGUGUAAUGAUGAUGCUUUUCAUAAAUGCAGAAAGUAGAUUAGAACAUUGGAACAGUCUAGACGAGAACAGGCCAUUCAGUCCAGCAAUGCUCACCAGUCCUGUCCUUUUAAUUCUUCUAUACUGACAAAAUGUCUACUGUUGAAAGUCCCUAAAGUCUUACUACUUGGUCAGUUAUUUCAAGUGUCUAUGGUUUUCUGUGUGUAAAGAGAGCUUCCUAAUGUUUGUCUGAAAUGUACCAUUCACAAGUUUCCAACUGUGUCCCUGUGUUCUUGUUGAACUCAUGUUAAACUAAUUGUCUCAAUCCACAGGACUAAUUCCCUUUAUAACUUUAAAAACUUCAAUUAGGUGUCCUCUUAAUCUUCAUUUUCUUGAACUGAAAAGGUUCAAGUUCUUCCAUCUUUCUUCAUAACUCAUCCCCUGUAGGCCCAGAGUCAGCCUAGUUGCUCUUCUCUGGACUUUCUCCAGCACUGCUAUUUUUUCUUUAUGGCCUGGAGAUCAAACCUGAACACGGUAUUCCAGAUGAGGCCUCACUACUGUGUUAUAAAGCUUGAGCAGAACCUCCUGUGACUUGUACUGCACACAUCAGGGCGCUAUAUAACCUGAUUCUGUUAGCCUUCUGAAUGGCUUCUGAACACUGACUGGUAGUUGAUAGUGUCAAGUCCACUACGACUCCUAAGUCCUUCUCAUAACAUUCACUUUCAAUUUCCUGACCUCCCAUUGUGUAUUCAAACCGCACAUUUUUACUUCUUACAUGUAAAUCCUUUACAUUUACUAACAUUAAAUUUCAUCUGCCACAAACAUGCCCAACCCAGUAUGCUGUCCAAGACCCUCUAUAAUGCAUAUAUGAAGCUUGUGUUGUUAUAUUUGCAAAACAGUUUAAUUUUUGUAUCUUUUAUUGCUUCAUUUCAAAGUGCUUCUCAUAGCAGAGUGAAGUGUACCAUUUCAAAGGACGUAUUAAAAAAUGCAUUGAAAUACAGAGCUUGAAAUACUGACAUGCUCUGCACGGCAGUGUAUAUUCAUUGCAGUGGUUAAAUUGGUGGCUGUUGAAACUUUAACUUUGCAGAAUUGCAUGUGGCUCGACAUACGCUUUUGUUCACACAACGUGGUGUGUGUGCACUGAUGGGCUGUAUCCAGCAGGAGGCACACUCUCCCUGAGAAUGGGUUUGUUAGUGAUUACAGCAUGUUACUUAACCAGAAUCUAUAUAGAUAUAAAAUAAAAGGCUAUAUCCCUCCCCAAUGAUACAACGGUAAUGUUAUGCUAUAGAAAAAACAAUCACUUAGGAAAAAUGUACUUAGCUUCUGUUUAAUGUUGGCUUACACUGCAUAUAAUAACUCAAAGGUAGCUCUUGACAAAGCAUGAUACUGGGGUGGGGUCGUAACAAGUAGGUUCGUCAACUUCAGAAGUGUGGAAGGCAUUUUAGGUUCAGAUGUCUACAUUGUCCAUCUGUAGAUGAGCUUCCAUGUUUCUGAUAAUUGUCAGAGCUUUUAUAUUGUCUCUACAGUUCAAGAUUCCUGAAAAUGCGAGCAUGUAACCUCGAAACAUGGCAACAAUCUUGCUGGCAUAGCAUGAAUCGAACCUAGAAUGUGGUUACUGUAAACUAUAAACUGACUAUUAGACAACUGCACACACCUGCUCUCCUUUUAAUAGCCUGCCUGAGUUGUUUCUGUCUCUUUCCACCUCUUUGUCAGGUUGCUUGCAUGGAAGUUUCAGUUUCACUCUCUGUUAGCUGGCUUGUGUAGUUUGGAUAGUUUCUGCUGUUUUUAGUUAGUAGAAUCAGGUACAGUGAAAUAAACUUCACAGAUCACAGUGACAUAUUUCAAACCUUUGGCUGCCGGGGCUCAUCGCAGCUAUAUUCCUAAUGCCAGUCAUCUGAUAAGCUUCACAUAUCACGUACACACAGGAUAUUCAUGCACUGCUCUACCACAGAUUCUACUUUCAUUUUUAAAUCUAUCAUUCAGACAUGAUCUAUGAUUCCAUUGUUAUCACCUUUAGCCUAACUGCUUUUUCUGUUCUCUCCUGGUUCUUCAGAUGUGCUGAUACUUCCUCUUACAGUCUUUACAACUGAUGUCCCAAACUCAGACACUGCUCACUAUGUUUCUGUAUCUGCCAAAGCAGAGGUCUCCAAUCUCCCUCUUAUAGUCACUCCUUUAUAUAUUGACCUCUUUAAGACUGGUAUUGCCAGAUGUUGAUCCUUAGAAACAAAAUGAGAGCGGUGGAAAAUGUAUUUAAAAUUUAUUUUCUUAACGUGUAAUUCCUGACUCAAUCUGCAUGAUUCUCAUCCACACUGGUCCUGCAUUUGAGGUGUUAUGAUUUGCUACUGUUAAACAGUAAAUUGUAAAAUGUAUACUUGCAUGUUACCUGAGAACUUGUCACAGCGCUCUGUGCCUGCACUCAAGACAGAAAUGACUGAACUGAAUUGAAAACACGUAGCUGAAAUUUAUGAUUUCUGCCUAACAAAUGAAAAAGCAAAUAUGAACCAAUAUCCAGUUCACAGCAAGGUCACUAUUAAGUCAAGUUAAACAGAAUAUUCUGGAAGCAUCCCAGAUCAGUCGUUUGCUUGAACACUGUGAAGCCUGUACUCCCCCUUUGUUGCCUAUAAAAGGGUGACCAUUUUUCACUUAAGUCAAUCGGUCAGUCACUUUUAUAACCUGCUUAGUCCAGAACAGAGUUGCAGGGGUCUGCUGGAGCCUAUCCCAGCUAGCAUAGGGCUCAAGGCAGGAACAAACUCUGGACAUCGCGCUAGUCCAUCGCAGGGUGAACACACAGUAGCAUCCUAACUGCACACUCGGGCCAAUUUAGUAUCACCAAUCCACUUAACCUGCAUGUCUUUGGACUGCUGGAGGAAACCCACACAGACACGGGGAGAACACACAAACUCCACACAGGAAGGACCUGGGCCAUGAAUCCUGGUCUCCUCACCACAAUUCAGCAGCGCUACCACCGUGCCACUCCUCACUUAAGUCAGAAAUAGUGUUCUGGGUGUCAGUUGCUCCAUGCUGCACGACUAAAAGACUGAUGUUUCGAUUUAUAUAAACCAGGAGUGAAGCUUUAUUUCAUAGACUCCAUGAUCUCCCAUCUCAGUUUUUGUUUGAAAGAUUACAUAGAAAACUUAAUUUUGAAUAAUCUUUGUAUGUUUUACUGCACUCUUUGACAUUAUAGUACAACACAAACUGAAAUUCCAGAUGCCCAUCACCAGAAAGAACAAAUGUUUGCACAGUAGUGAGGGCUGUGUAUUUUUAGAAUUAAUGCAGCUUUUCCUUCCCCAUUAAUGAACUUACUUCUCUGUACUCUUACUCAGUUUGAAACCUCCUGCAUCUAAAAUGUUGUUGGAAUAUACUAUAGGGUGCCUCAAAAAACUGGAAUUAGAUAGUUAAAGAAAGGCACCAUCAGAUUGAUAGAUAGAUAGAUGUGAAAGGCACUAUAUAACAGAUUGAUUGAUAGAUGCAUAGGUAUGAAAGGCACUAUAAAAUAGAUAAUACUUUAUUUGUCCCCAAGGAGAAAUAACAUUUUUUACCAAAGCUUCAAAAAAUAAAUAUGAUAAAGACAAACUAUAAACCCAUACACACCCAGGUCCAAACACACAUAAAAAAACUUCUGGCUUGUCAAUACAGGCCUAUAGGUGGCAGGCAGUAAGAUGAAGUCAGACCUGCUCACAUUAUGCCCCAGGUUUAUAUUUAAGGACAUUAAUAUUUAGAUAGAGAGAGCAGUGUCCACAAAAGGAACAGGCCUAAUGGUCCCUAAUUCCUUCUUUGAUGUCACCAGCUUUAAAAAUGAUAAUAUUUCAGUCUGUAGCUGUCCACCCCACAUUAAUUACCCUGUUAAAAACAGCAUUUAUUAUCAUUUCUAUGCAGCUAUCCAUCAUUCAGGAAACCUCUUUUUGCUUUCACGUUAUUUUAAAGUGCCAAUUUGGAACUUAGGCCACAAGUUAACCUCCAUUUGGUCCUCCAUUCUUUCAUUUUCUAUUUUCUAAAGGUUAAAAAAAGCACAUGUCAUCUCUUUCCUACACACAUUAGGUAAUGUAGUUACAGUAUUUCAAUUACGUAGUUCAGGCCUAUUAGGCUGCUUUUUUUUUUUUUUUUUUUUUUUUUUAGUAUAAGUGCAAAAGUUUAAAACCGACAAAAUGAAUGUUUGCCUUGUCUAGCAUGCUACACUGAGCAGUUUGUCAUAAUUUUAUCCAACUGCAAGCGGACCACGAGAGACAACAAAGGUGACCGUUAUAAUAUUGAUACGUGUUUCAUUUCUGCUUCAUGUAUCGUAUUUUAUUGCUCCGUUGUGUGUGCGUAUCCAAUUCCAGUGCUAAGAAUAUUCUUUGUGGAGGUCUUUCACCACACCUUUGGUAGAACACCUUUAUAUACUCCUGUCCAAAGUGGUGUCAUGAAUAUCUGCUUUGUCAUGCUUGUGCCUGCAAAACAUUUUAUCAUAUAAGCAGAAAUGAAAACUGUUAAAGUUUGAAUUAAAUCAUAAAUAUGUAUAGACAUGCUAUAUAUGAAAAUGUAUAUAUAUUAUUUAAUGGUGUAUUGAAAUUGUUACAAUAUUGUUUCAGUUAGUUUUGUGGCAGCUUCUACAUUUACAUUUUUAUUUAAAUGUUGUAAUAUUUGUGCUAGGCCAUGCUUAAUACAUUAGUUGUAACUUAUUUGGUAAACCAAAUUGAGUAAUAAUUGGCAUUAUUGGUUAAUCAUUUGAAAAUUUAUUUUAAAGAGGAAACAAAGGUAUGGAAACAUUUCCAGAUUUUUUUCCCCCCCAGUGCAAACAGCUUAUGUUAAAAUUGAAAUCUAAAACUAUUAUUUUUGUACCCCUCCAUGUCUAUCUUUGUGAUUGAACACAGUAAGCUUUAAACAACAAGAUGAACAGAAUACGGGGUGUUCAUUAGGACAAAAUGGGCCAUCAUAGAACUCCUAGCACCACCUUGGUAAUAUACACUAACUGGGGUUCCUCCAUAAUUGAACGUGGACGAUUCACAACAGCGUUUCCGUUUCUUGAGCCGUCUUGACCCUUUUUUGUUUUAUGGAGCUAUGUAACCGAUUCUUGCACUUGCUAGUGAGAGUAGUUGCUGUCAUUUAAAUGACCCUUUAAAAGACUUCUAAACUUGCUGUGGUCUUCCAGUUUUUGUUUUCUUUCAGCACACUGUCUUUGUGCAUUCACAUGUGUGUGUGUGUGUAUGUAUGUAUGUGUAUGUAUAUGCCACACAUGAAAUCAACAUGUAAAAAGGUUUUUGUUUCCACCAGACAUGGUUUACUGUUACAGUUGUUUUGCCAACGCCAUGGUUGACUUAAUUUAUUGACCUUGGCUUUUUCUUUUUUGUUUUUUUAAAUGCUUUAUAGAUUUUAUGAUGCUAGUUAUAUGCUGUCACAGUAAAUAUAUAUGAGGCAGUUUUUGUUAUGUCAACUGCUUUUACUUCCAUCAAUAAAGUUUCUGCAGAGGUCUGCAUUUCA